AGCAGACAUAAUUGACGCAGUUGCAUAUUCGGAUCUCGAAUUAACAUCAAUCGCCCGGUAUCCGGGGCCCAUGAUAUUUUUCUUUGUUUCUAUUCUUUGAUUCCAUUUAGAUCUCCACCUCUACUACCUACCUUCUUGAAGGGGGUCAGUCCAACCUACAUUCUUUCUUGAGUCAGCCCCAUCCCCGGCUUCAUCAGAUGCUCCUGGAGCGCGAGGAGCACCGGCAGAGGCGGGGCCAUGCCAUCGACUGCGGCCCACUCGGCCUCGUUCAGGUAGAAGAAUGGGAGUGCCACCGGCCGGUCGAAGGUGGGCUCGUCGAUGUACAGGCGCACGCGGCCGCCGCAGAUGACGGUCGCCCCGCGGCGCCGCUCGCCCCGCCUCAACGGGUACCGGCGCCAGUGCUGCUGGAGCAGACGCCCGGCCAGGGAGACCCAUUCGUGGCCCUCGCGCUCCAGGUGCACGUAGUCGAUCACCACACCCUCCGGGCCGGGGUGUCGUUGCCGCGUGAGCGUGAACGUCACGCCGUCGAAGGUGCCGUGGAAAGGAGGGGUGCGGUUGGGUGCCAUUGUGGAUGGUUCCUCUUCGUGAGUAAACAGAAGCUGUUGGUGCAGGUCCUGGGUUUUGAAGAUCCUGGUGGAAGUGGUGAGGAUGAGUGGGUGUAAGAGGGUGUUGAGGGUAUUUAUACGCGAGGUAUCGAUUGGAUGCGUGUGCUGUGUGAGAUGCAGCUCCAGUAUAGUGGGGUGAGAUACAAACAAGCUACUAAGUCAUGGACAAAGAUUGAUGGAGAUAAUGGCCUCUCGACACCACGACCUCGUUGGACAAGAACACUAAGCAGACUCGUCUUCGCGGACAAUCUUUGGUUGUCCGGAUUCUUUGUGUGGUUACUAUAGCCUUAAAGAGCCAUUGUCUG